AUGUCUUCCAACUUCCAGUUGCUCAAUGAUUCGAGUGAUGAAGAUGAUAGGUCGAGGACAACAGAGACUGGAACUAUCAUUACAAACCACAAUGGUGUCGGUGGUGGCAAUGGCGGAGAACAAGAUAUAGAGUUGGACCGUCCAUUGUUGACCUCACCAACAAUAGCCGACAUUGAUGGAGUAGGUGCACAUCCCGAUGAAAGUGCACUAAUACUCGAGGAUAUACAGUUCAGAGACGACACCAACCUACAACAGGAACAGAAACAAACACAGCAACAACAACAACAGGGAGGCAAGAAGAAAGUACCAUUAUGGUGCUAUGUGAUAUUGGUGGCCGCACUACUGGCCAUGUCAUCUAGUGGACCCGCAUUGAAAAAGAUGGACGUGCCACCAUUGCGCAAGGCAAGCUGGCGUCUUCAGGUGACAUCGAUCAUGCUCUUGAUUGGCUUCCUCGUCGACCUGCACACACUCUACCCCCUGUUUGAAAUACACUUGGCAAAGUCCUUUGUCGGCGUGCUGCCCGCUGGACUCGUGUCGUCGCUGCCCAUCUCCUGGCAGACGGUGCUGAUCAACGUGCGCCAGACCAAGUUUGCAUCGAUUGAUGAACGUCGCACCGAGCAGUCCGAAUGUCGCGCGCGAUUCCUCUCGUGGAAGACGUGGGUCAUCCUCACGGGCACUGGCUGUGUGCUGGCCGGUCACUUUGGCAUGUGGAUCAGCAGUCUCAACAAGACAUCACUCUCACACAGUCUACUCUUUGUCACGUCCAACCCAAUCAUGAUCGUCAUUGUCAUGGUUGUAAUGCGCAAGCCAAUCUCCAAAGGUGAGAUCUUUGGCUGUCUCAUAGGAUUCAUUGGCCUCGUCAUCACAAUGUUUGAUUCACUCUUCCUUACGUCUGGACCUGUCAAUGGUAUCCGACCAACAGUAUAUGGUGACUUCCUCGCACUGAUGGCUGCAGUAUGCAUCGUCUUUUAUUUAUUCGCUGGAUCUAAUCUGAGGACAUGGAUGUCCUUGUACUUAUAUGCAUUCCCAGUGACAUUCAUUGCGUCACUAGUAUUAACAUUUAGUUCUCUAAUCUUUGAGACAAUGCCAGUUGCCAAGGAAGGACAGAACUUUGGAGUAUUCGGAUGGGCAAGUCCAGCAUUUGUCUGGCUUGCACUAUAUGUUGCAUUCUUCCCAGGAAUAGUUGGUCACACUGGAGUGAAUGCCAUUAUCAAAUAUGUUGAACCUGUAGUUAUAUCAGUGACACUACUACUCGAACCACCAAUUGGCACAGUGAUGGGCUAUUUCGUUGGCGAGGGAGAGAUACCAGGCAUAUUCACAUAUAUUGGAGGACCCAUUGUAGUGGCCGGUUGUGGAAUGGUCACAGUAGCAUCAUACUUCCGUAACAAACGUGAACAGGCUGCAACGCAAACAGCUGACGUAUCGAAUGUCAGUCUUGACGUUGACGUUGACGAUGCAUCGGUCUCCUCAUCAAUAGCAUCCAGCAAUGAGAUCAUGAUGGAUGCCAUACCCAACCAAUACUCCAACCUAUCAUCAGAUCAGGUACCCUCAGUUGUCGUCGAAGUCGACGACUCCAAAUAA